AUGAAUAACAACCAAAACACCUUGGGUCGGCCCCCAAGUUACACGUACAACACCGGCCGACCCACCAGUCCGAUGCCGCCGGGCCAGCAACUAGCACACCAUCCGCCACCGCUCAACACGAACCUGCAAUACGGACAAGCGCCGGUUCAGCCCAUGGGCGCUCCGCCGGGUUACGGUCUACAGCAGCAGCCCGUCCCGCACGGCAUGGCUCCGGGCAUGCAGCCGCAGUACGGAGUCCGCAACCCCGCCGUCGAAGUCGAAGGCGCCGGCCGCAGCAAGGCCCAACUCAUCGUCGGUAUUGAUUUUGGAACGACAUUCUCCGGCGUGGCCUUUGCUUUUGCGACCAACAACGAGGCGAGAGAGGAUAUCAUCACGGAGUGGCCGGGAGCGGGAACCCAUACCAAACAAAAGAUCCCUACAGUGCUAUACUACGAUCAGUAUCAGAAAGUAGUAGGAUGGGGUCCUGACAUCGCCGACGCUCUGGCCCCCACCGGAUAUCCGAAGCAAGGGGUGCAGAAGGUGGAAUGGUUCAAACUGCAGCUCAUGCUCUCCGGUAAUACGUAUAUCGAUCCCAUCAACCUGCCGCCGCUACCGCCGGGCAAGUCGGAAAUCGACGUCGCCGCCGACUACCUCUUCAAGCUGCGUCAGGCGAUGCGCAACCAACUACAAAAGACCCUGGGCGAGGUGUUCACGCGAGAGGAGCGCAACAUCCGAUACUACCUCACCGUGCCCGCCAUCUGGAACGAUGCCGGCAAGGCGGCCACGCGUGCGGCGGCCCUGCAAGCGGGAUUUCUGCGGGACGAGAACGACAACCGUCUGACGUUGAUCUCCGAGCCCGAGGCGGCGGCGCUGUUCUGCGCCAAGACCGGGUUGCUGAAUCUCAAGGUCGGCGAUGCGAUCCUGAUCGUCGAUUGCGGUGGAGGUACCGUCGAUCUGAUCGCCUACGAGGUCGAGGAGGAGCAGCCCUUCAGCGUGGCCGAAUGCACGGCAGGAUCCGGUGACUCCUGCGGCUCAACGGCUCUCAACCGAAACUUCAGCAACAUUCUCCGGGCCAAGAUUCGCAAGAUGAAGCUGCCCGACGGCUCGCGAACGGCCGGCAAGGUGUACGCCAAGUGUAUCAUGGACUUCGAGAACCGGAUCAAGGCCGACUUCCGUAACAACGGACAGAAGUGGGCGGUGGACGUUGGUAUCGAGGCGGAUUUCCCGGAUGCCGGUAUCGAAGAAGGUUAUAUGACGUUCACGAACGAAGAGAUCCUUCAGUGCUUCGAGCCGGUCGUCAACCGAAUUCUUGAGUUGGUUCGGAAUCAGAUCAUCGCCAUCCAAGCGCAAAAUCGAUCGCUCCAGAACGUUCUCGUGGUGGGAGGAUUCGGUGCGUCGGAGUAUCUCUUCCAGCAGAUCAAGCUCCACGUGCCCCCGCAGUAUCAGACCAAGGUGGUACGACCCAUGGACUCGGUCGCCGCCAUCGUCAAGGGUGCGGUGACGGCGGGUAUCACAGAGCGAGUGAUCACGCACCGUGUCGCCCGUCGGCAUUACCUCAUGGCCACCCUGCAACCCUUCAAGGAGGGAUAUCACCCCGAGCAGUAUCGGGUGCCUAGUCUGGACGGUCGAGAUCGAUGCAAGUACACGCGACAGAUCUUCGUGCAGAAGGGAGAGCGGGUCAAGAUUGGCGAGCCAGUCAAAGUCAGCUUUUUCCGACAGGUCGCACCAGGUGCUACGCUUAUGUACGAGGAUAUUUUGUACGCGUGUGACGAGGACGUGUGUCCGGAGUAUACGAAAGAUCCUCGUAUUAAGGAGGUCGUGACUCUCACGUCAGAUCUGUCCCGCAAGAAUCUGGAAACAGAUUUCGAGCGCAUGGACACUCCUCAAGGAACAUUCUAUCGGGUAUACUUUGACAUCUACCUCACGCUUGAUGGCAGUGAAUUCAGCGCCGAGUUGGUCUGCCAGGGCGAGGUGAUGGGACGAUGCCGGGCCAAGUUCCGGUAA